AUGUGCAAAAUUCUGAUUGGGGAAGUGGUGAGUUUCUUCGUGAAGAGCGAGGGAGCGCAGGAGAAGACCAUUGUGACCGCCGACUGCUGUUACUUCAACCCUCUCCUCAGAAGGAUCGUACGCUUUCUGGGCGUCUACUCCUUUGGUCUCUUUACUACCACCAUCUUCGCUAAUGCUGGUCAAGUGGUGACAGGAAACCAGACACCUCACUUCCUGUCUGCCUGUAGGCCAAACUACACUGCUCUAGGCUGCCAUUCUCCACUGCAAUAUGUCACAGAGCAGCGAGCCUGCAUGGGAAACCCAUACCUGGUGAUGUCCGCCCGGAAGUCCUUCCCCUCCAAAGAUGCAGCGCUCAGCUUCUACUCAGCCAUCUACACCGUGAUGUAUGUGACCUUGGUGUUCCGGACCAAAGGGACCCGCCUGAUGAAGCCCACUCUGUGCCUGGUCCUGCUGUCUCUGGCAUCGCUGGUGGGGGUCGUGAGAGUGACAGAGCAUCGGAACCACUGGAGCGAUGUGCUGGCUGGUUUUGUCACGGGGGGAGCCAUCGCUGCAUUCCUGCAAAAGUUACGUGUUAGCCAGGCUCCUGGACUACCCUACUCUGAGAUCACAUGACCAUCAGCCAACCCUACGCCCCGCCCCUCCCGACGUGCUCCUCCCCUCAAGAUGUUGCCUCACCAGCGCAGUCUAGACCUGCCCAUUGAAAUCACCCCACCAUGCCCCGC